AAAAUAUCAUAUAUAAAUAAUAUAUGAUGUUUAACUGGAAACAAAAUAUAAAAUGGAAGAAUGUUUGACUGUAGCAGAUGUUUAUGAAUAUGCAACUUUAAUAGGCCAAGACAUUGAAGAUAUAGUAAACCAAUAUGGAAAAGAAAUCAUUCAGGAAAUUAUGCCAAAAAUUGUGUUUGUUUUGGAAAAACUUGAAAAACUUGUUGAAGAAAAAAAAUAUUGCGAAGAAAGAGUUCAAAAUUUGCUUAUAGAAAAAGAGCAGUUAACCAUACACAGUAAACGAGACGAAGCAAUAUUAAGACAACAAAAAGAGAAAAUUGGAUAUUUAGAGGAAUUGAUUUCAGGGGAUAAAAAAAUAUUGGAGGAUAGAAUACACAGAUUGCACGAGGAAAACGAAUUUUUGUCUGUUGAACUUGAUAAAAGAGAAGAUGAGUUAGUUAAAAUUCGUUCUGAUGGAGGAUACUCCUGUUUACUGUGGUUUGUUGAAAAGUUCUGUUGUGAACUGUUUUUCGAACAAAUAUUUGGUGGAUGUCUCUUCUACUUUACAUAUAAAGUUUUACCAGGGGAUGUUGAAUUAAUGAUUCGAAUGAAGAAAACAAUAGAUAGUCAACGAGACCAACUCAGGGUGUCUGCUAGUGAGCUAGAAGCAAGAAAAAAAGAAUUAGAAGCACUUCAAGAUCACACAGCACACUUGUCAGAAAUUAACGAGCGGUUACGCAAAAGCAACUGUGUUUUAGAAGGUAUUUUAAGGCAUGAUGGUUCUGACUCACCUAGUGUUGACAACUGGAGUCAAUAUAAGCUGAAUGAAAAUGAGAGUAACGAAAGUGUUAAUGAAACAUCUUUACUUGACGAACUCAGACUAGAUGAUUGCUCAUCAUCUGAUGAUGUAAGCAACAUGGACCAAAAAUUAAGCAGCUAUAUACCAGUCCCACAGGAAAAUGAUCAAAAUGACGAAUUACUGGAACAAUCUUCAAACCUCACGGAACAAAUCACUCCAAUUAAAGAUCCGAAUAGACCUCGUUAUACUCUAAAAGAGAUGCAGGUUUUGUUAGAGGAGAGAAAUUUGUUAAAAAUUAAAACAAUGGCACUUGAAGAGGAGCUUGAAUUACUUAAAAAUAGCAGUAUUUCAUUGCCAAGUAAUGGUCGAGUCAAAGAAGUUGAUAAAAAAGGCGUCAGAAGUUUGAUGUCGAAGUUUUGGUCGAAAUGAAGAUAUAUUUAUCAUUGAAUUUUUUCAAUGUUCAAUUUCAAUUUUUGUAGUUAUAUUUUAAUAAAGAACAUUAUAUUCACAAAUAAUAUUUUUGUACAUAAAGUGGAUUACGGUUAUAACAUGCUAUUUCGUUUAUCGACUAAUACGUUUUCAUAAGAUUCAAAAUUUUUCUAUGAAAUUUCAAUUUUGUGUUUAAUAGUGUAUUUAUAGAUAUGUAUAAAUAAAUUUAUUUUUAUUAUGUUAGACUAUAUUUUUGAGAUAAUAAGUUUUGUCAUUGUUUUUAACAAUUUAUAUUAAAUUAAGAUUUAAUAAA